UACCUCGCAACAAGCGGCCAAGCCAAGAGGGGAAUAGAAAAUCUACCCGCGGAUAACCUUUUUUCUUUCGAGCGACGACGAAAUUUCCCGAUAAGAGCAAGCGCCGCUGGCGCUUCCGCGUUCGGUUCCUGUACCUUUCCUUUGCCGAUUGCGGUAGCAGCAGCGCCAGCCAGCCAGCCAGCCAGCGCUUCUCCUUCUUCUUCCCAGAAUCCGGGCGUGUUUGGCUAGUUCUUGUGCCGGCCAAUCAAUCAUUCGCCGCAGUAAAUCCGCAGAGCUUUAAAGCUGUUUAUUUGGAGCUUUUUUUCGAGCGCAAGUUCCUCUCCAUUUUCUUUUGGAGUUCCAGCCUGCUGCUCUCUUCCGCUGGUUUUCUUGCAGGAGAUCCAUGCCUCCUUCUUGACCUGAAACCUUCUUCCGGUUUUCUGUACUUGAUUUGCGUGAUUCCCUUUUGUUCUUCUUGGAGUGUUUGCCACUUUCAGAGGCUUUGAUUCAUCGGGAAGAUCCACUUCUCCAAUCAUUUGAUCCCAGAAAGUCAUAAGCCACCUCGUGCGGAGUGGAGCAGAGCUCGGAUUCUGUUUGUACGCCUUGCCCAAGAAUCAUGGACCAAACCUGAGCUUCUAGAACCUUCUACCACCAGCUUUCCCUCUUCCCGCUCCAUGGAGACAUCGACAGUUACCUUCUCCUCGUCCUCCUCGCCUCCGCCGUCGCCGUCCCCGUCACCGUCGCGGCCGCAGGCCGCGCCGGCCGACCUCGACGCCGUCAGCCUCGGCCGCCUCAGCGGCAACCUCGAGCGCCUCCUCGACCCCUCCUUCUUCAACUGCACGGACGCCGACGUCGUCCUCGCGGCUGGAGGCGACGACGCCGUCGUCGGCGUCCACCGGUGCAUCCUCGCCGCCAGGAGCAACUUCUUCCUCGCUCACUUCUCCUCGCUCACCGCCGACCCCGCUGCCGGCGAGAAGCCGCGGCUGGUGCUCGCCGACCUUGUCCCAGGUGGGUGCCACAUCGGCCGCGACGCCAUCGUGCCCGUUCUUGGCUACCUCUACACCGGCCUCCUCAAGCCGCCGCCGCAGGGCGCGGCCGUCUGCGUCGACGACCAGUGCUCGCACCAGGCGUGCCGCCCGGCCAUAGACUUCGUCGUCGAGUCCACCUACGCCGCCUCCGGCUUCAAGAUCCCCGAGCUCGUCUCGCUCUUCCAGCGUCGCCUGUCUGACUUUGUCAACAGAGCUCUGGUUGUGGUUGAGGACAUAGUGCCGAUUGUUCUCGUUGCUUCCACCUGCCAGCUUACAGACCUGCUCAGCCAAUGUAUUCAACGGGUUGCCCACUCCAGCGUUGACAGCCGUUACCUCGAGAAGGAGCUUCCAGAUGAAACCUUUGCCAAGGUCAUGGAGCUUCGUCAAUACUUGUCGCCUCGCGAAUCGGACGAGUUCAUUCUGGGUCCCGAGCAUGCCAAGAAGGUCAGGAACGUUCACAAGGCCUUGGAUUGUGAUGAUGUUGACCUUGCUAAUCUGCUCCUGGAGGAGUCUGGAAUCACCUUGGAUGGUGCACUUGCCAUACACCAUGCUGCUGCCUAUUGUGAACCCAAAGUGUUAGCUCAAAUAUUGAAACUCAAGUCAGCCAGCGACUCCGCUAACGUGAAUCUGAAGAAUGGGAGUGGGUACACACCGCUGCAUAUGGCCUGCAUGAGGCGAGAACCCCAGAUCAUCCUUUCACUUACAGAGAAGGGAGCAUCCGUGCAGGAGAAGACCAGAGAUGGCCGUGACGCUCUUACCAUCUGCAAGAGAUUAACAAGGGAGAAAGACUGCAACAGCAAGCUGGAGAAGGGUAAGGAGAGAAGCAAGGCUUACUUGUGCAUCGACAUCUUGGAGCAAGAGAUCAAGAGGACAUCCUUUGUCUUGGAGAGGCAACUCUCUGACGAGGUUUCAGUUGCCAUGCCUUUGCUGGCAGAUAAUUUUCACACCAGGCUCCUAACCUUGGAAAAUAGAGUUGCCUUUGCCAGAAUAUUCUUCCCUUCCGAAGCAAAGCUUGUCAUGCGCAUAGCUCAAGCUGACUCAACUCAAGAGUUUGCUGGUCUCAGCUCAGCUAACUUCUGUAAAUUGAAGGACGUUAACCUUAAUGAGACUCCCAUAAUGCAGAGCAACAGGCUGCGUGAACGUCUUGACGCCUUGAUGAAGACAGUUGAGCUAGGGCGGAAGUACUUCCCGCAUUGUUCAGAUGUUCUUGAUAAGUUCCUCAUCGAAGAAUCCACUGAUUUGUUCUUCCUUGAGAGUGGCACUGCCGAGGACCAGCACACCAGGAGGAUGCGCUUUUCUGAACUCAAAGACGAGGUGAACAAGGCCUUCAACAAAGAUAAGGCGGCCAUAGGUUCUUCAUCAACAUCCUCCUCCUCUUCACCAAGGGCUGAUGGAAAGGUUAGACAUGGCAACAAGAAAGCGAGGCUAUCACGGUAGCAUCAGUAGGUUAAGCCCAACACACGAUUUCAGAAAGGUGGGGAAGCAUGGUCUGGAUGUUGUUGGCCAUUUGUAGUUCAGGGAAACCAUGUAGCCCAACAAGCAUCUCAGUUAUGUUUGCUUACUUGGGGGUGCAUUUCUUGUAGUUAUUGUGGUUUAACAUAUGACACGGUUCAGUAGAUAAUUUUGAAUCUUCGGUGGCCAGUUUUACACAGCCAUUCUAGCUGUGUUGUGUGUCCUGGUUCAUCGUUUUCGAGAAAACUGUAGUAUUAGCAUGUUGGUAGUACGUAACUUCCAGUCUUGCACAAUGCUUGAAAGUAUUAGGUGUUCGGAAGAUGGAUCUUUUAAAUUCCACGAGCCUUCAGAUUA